GCCUUGAGAUUAAGAUGAACCCUUGGGUCAUACGAGCUUAGAAAUUAACUUCAAAUUCAAUUACUAUUGGAUUAACUCAGGGAACAAAUUGGCAUUGCAAACAAAGACAAGUUCCCCUUUGCUUCUCUUCUAAGCAUACAGAUUAUAAAAACCGAUAUAAUAUGCUUUCUUCUUUAUAUUGGGUAACAUUGCAUCUAAUGGGGUCAUUGCCUAAUAUAAAAUUCGAGCAAGUUUUUCUUUGUUCUAUACAUCAGUUUGAAAACAAAGUACUAGAACUUGGAUUAUAUGGUCUAAGAACACCAAUCUAUAUCCAAAUACAUCAAAAUAUUGGAUUCUCCUGUAAUUAUGAAUUUCUUUUUAUUAAUGUCAAUGGAAGACACAUAAGAAGGAGAUAGUAAAAGAAAAAGCCAAAAAUAUAAAAAGAAAAAAAAAGUCUAACUCCUAAGAAUGGCUGAGAAGGGGAUGACGAAGGAGCCAUGUCAGCAGCGACUUGGACUUGUCUUCUGGCAAAGUGACUCCCGAACUCCAUAUCCAAGUACGCCGAACGACCAAAGUCUCCGAAAAUCUAGUCCUAAAAAGUCCUGCAACUGAAAUUCGUGCUGAACAAAGAGAAAGAGAAUCAGAGAAUGGGAAAUGAGAUUGCUUUGCCUCUGGUGGGGAUGGUAUUGGCAGAGUGUGCUCAAGUUGGACUAAUGAUAAUGGGCAAAGCAGCCAUGUCCCAUGGGAUGUCUAACUUCGUCUUUGUCUUUUAUUCCAAUGCUCUUGCCUCUCUCAUUCUCCUCCCUUCUUCUUUUCUCUUCCACAGAUCAGAGCGUCCUCCACUCACUUUCUCUAUUCUCUGUUGGUUUUUCUUGCUUGGCCUUCUUGGUUGCUUUGCCCAGAUUUUUGGGUAUGCUGGGAUAUAUUAUAGCUCGCCUACUCUUGGAACUGCCAUGCUCAAUCUCAUCCCAGGCCUCACCUUCCUAUUUGCUGUUGCUUUCAGGAUGGAAAAACUGCAUUUGGGAAGUAGCAGUAGCCAAGCUAAAUCACUGGGUACUAUAGUGUCAAUUGCAGGGGCAUUUGUUGUGACUUUCUACAAAGGCCCUUCAAUUUUGAUGUCAUCGUCACGUGCAAGCUCAUCUCAUCAAUUUCUCUUGCAACAGUCAAAUUGGGUUUUUGGAGGAUUUCUCCUUGCAGCUGAUUGUUUGUUUGCUUCUGCCUGGCUUAUUGUUCAGGCAUCAGUCCUUAAGAAAUUCCCAGCUGAACUUAUUGUUGUCUUCUAUUAUUGCUUCUUUGUUACCCUUCAGUCAGCAAUUGUCUGUUUGGUCAUGGAAAGAGAUCUUAGUUCUUGGAGCUUUAAACCUGAUGUGAGAUUGGUUGCUGUUCUAUACUCUGCUGUUUUUGGCUCUGCAUUCCAACUAGGGGUUUCUACCUGGUGCCUGCAUAGGACAGGGCCUGUUUUUGUUGCCAUGUUCAAGCCUUUGGGAAUUGUCAUUUCGGUUAUCAUGGGUGUUAUCUUCUUAGGGGAUACAUUCUAUCUUGGAAGUUUACUAGGAGCAAUUGUCAUUGUUGCUGGAUUUUACUCUGUGAUGUGGGGAAAAGCCAAAGAAGGAAAGAUAGAUGUGUAUGCUCAGGGGAUGAGAUUGGAAUCAAGCAGUCAAAAAGUCCCUCUCUUGCCAAAUAAUACUGGAGAAACUUAGGAGCUUUUUGUACAGUCAGUCAAAGCAGGUUGGUAUUGAUGGUCGGUUUGAAUUAGCCAUAGCUUUCUCUGCUGGUAUGAUGCAGAACAACAUUCCAGAUUCAUCUUGUAUCAUAUUCAAAUUUGAAAUGCCCCCUUCUGUCGGCCGCCUGAUGCAUUCUAAUCUACAGAGUGGUUUUCUCAUAUUUCCUCUUAAUUUAUGGGCCAGGAGACAAUGUAUGAGGUUAUUUCCAAAUAAUAUCUGCCGCCUCCAUGUAUGAGAAGACAACUUUAAUACCUAGCUUUUAUCCAUUCGAAACAUUGAAGCAUUUUUUGUAAUCUGCCAUAUUCUUUUUUAUUAGUUAUUUGUCAACGCGUUGAUAAUCUGCAUGUUUUUCCUUUUACUUUUUCUUGUUUUUUUUUUUUUUUUGGUUCCUGUAAUGAGUUGUGCAAAUCCUUAACAAUUUGAGCAUAUGGCACUUUUGAAGUUCCAGUUGUUA